UUCACCUCAGGGGACCCUUGCUGUGUCCAUGGAAUUUACCUUUGUUCUGCUGUUCCCAGGGCAACGUGUUCCAUAUGGGGCUGUGAAUACAUGGGUAAGACUCCAGAAGAUGCUUCCUAUCUUGCUGAUCUGCCUCCUGCCAGUGUCUGACGGGAAGGGCUGCCUCCAAUGCUGGCCAGAGCUGCCCGCCCUUCUGGACUAUGACCUGCAGGUGCUCUGGGGCAGCCCAGGGCCACCCACAGAACUCUCACAAUUCCUACACUCCUUUUUCCUGGAGGAUAGCAUCUUAUUCACGCCCUGGUACCUUGCUCGAGACCAUUUGGAAGAGGAAACAGCUACAUUCUUCACCCGUGUAGACGAGGCCAUUAAGAAGCUGAGGGAUGAUAAAUCAGCACUUCUGGAAGAGAUCAGUGUUCAGGAAGGUCUGCUGACUGAGAAACUGAAGGACAGGUCCCAGGAGCUGAAGCAGAGGGCCUGCAAUGACUCCUGUGACAUCUUUUCCCCAACGGAAAUCACUGUGUGUGCUGACUGCCAGACGCACUUCCUGACCUGCAAAGACCCUACCUUCUGCAGUGUCAAGGUCGUUGGGAACUACAGUUGGGCUGUGAUCCUUGUCAGUGUCCUGAUGCUCCUGGCUGUGGCUGGUAUCGGGUGAGUGGCUCCUCCCAACUCCAGUGGCCAGAAGGACACAUACCUGUUCUUUCACUAACCUGUCUCUCUCUCUCUCUCUUGCCUUUUUCUUGCCCAGUGGUUACUUUUUCUGGCUCCAAAAGAAGAAGAAGAAGACUGUUGAGGUACUAGCAUACACUCUUGUCUGAGGCUAAUAAGGCCUUAAGGCUCAGCUCUUGCCUGCUGGGUCUGCUCUGUGCAGAGAUAUUUGAACCUGGGCCUGGAACGCAGAUAAGCAAAGUUCCCGAAGCCUCUUGUCACUAGAGUGACCCUGCAGAGUGACCUCUCCUCUCUGCCCUGCACACUGACCUGAACAGGCCAGCAUGGUAAUAGCUUUGUCAUGGCUUCUGGGUGGCUGUGGCCAAUGAGACUCCCAGGAGGAAGUCAGAGGGCCUGGGAUUGCUUUGGAAAGUCCCAUUUCUUUCCUCUUUGCAGUUAUCCCCUUCGGGAAGCUACUCAGAGCAGCAACCAGAAGAGGUAGUGUCUGACAGCUAAGUCAUCUCUGGUCCUAGUGACUCUCCCUCGCACAGAGCAUUUUUCCCUGGGGACAAGAGAGCUCUGAGGUUCUGCAGUU